CAUCAACAUUAACACAACUUUCCAAAACCUUUUCUCUACACACUCUUUCAAGCAAACAUGUUACCUCAAACAUUCACUCUCCCUGAAAUUCUCUUUGUUAUAUUCAUUCUCAUUCUGUCAGCUACUAUUUUUAACUCAAAAUGGAAUCAAAAAAAUGGUAGGAAAAAUCCACCAGGUCCAAAACCUUUGCCAAUUAUUGGUAACCUUCACAUGCUAGGAAAACUUCCACAUCGUUCCCUUCAACUCCUUUCUCAAAAAUAUGGACCAAUAAUGUCCUUCAAAUUAGGACAAGUCCAAACCAUUGUGGUUUCAUCACCUCAAAUUGCUGAAUUAUUCCUCAAGACCCAUGAUAGUAUUUUCUCUAGCAGGCCUAAAGCUUUUGCUGCAGAUUAUAUGACAUAUGGUAAAAAGGGCAUAAUUUUCACCGAGUAUGGCGACUAUUGGCGCAAUAUGAGGAAAUUGUGUACCAUUCAAUUAUUGCAUUCUUCAAAAGUUGAGAUGUUUGCUCCUUUGAGAAAGGAAGAGGUUGGAUUGUUGGUUAAGUCACUAAGAAAAUCAGCUACAUUACAUGAGGUUGUUAAUGUUAGCAAGGUUGUGGCUGAGCUUAUUGAGAAUAUCACUUGUAAAAUGAUAUUGGGACGAAGCAAAGAUGAUAGGUUCGACUUAAAGGGUAUUGUUCACAAGGCGAUGUUAUUGACUGGAAAAUUUAAUCUCUCUGAUUAUCUACCUUGGCUACGCCCGUUUGAUCUCCAGGGAAUUGAAAGACAAAUUAAGAAAACAUGGAAGCAGUAUGAUGAAUUGUUAGAGCAAAUAAUCAAAGAGCGUGAGAAUCAAUCAAUUGAAGAACAGAAAGGCCAUAACAACAAAGACUUUGUAGACAUAUUGUUAUCACUCAUGAACCAAUCAAUUGAUUCCAAAGACAACAAAUAUGACAUUGAUAGAACCAACAUCAAGGCUAUUUUAAUAGACAUGAUUUCAGCAGCACUAGACACAACCUCUGUUGUAAUUGAUUGGGUACUUUCACAACUUCUAAAGCAUCCUUAUGCAAUGAAGAAACUCCAACAAGAGCUAGAAAAUGUGGUUGGCAUGAAUAGACAAGUGGAGGAGACCCACUUGGCAAAAUUACCUUACUUGACUAUGGUUGUGAAAGAGACCUUAAGGUUGUGCCCUGUUGGACCUUUGUUAGUACCCCAUGAGUGUCUUGAAGAUGUUGUUGUGGAUGGUUAUUACAUCAAGAAAAAGACAAGAAUUUUAAUAAAUGCAUGGACAAUAGGGAGAGACACUAAUGUUUGGUCGGAUAAUGCUGAGACGUUUUAUCCAGAGAGAUUUGAAGAUAGUGAUGUAGACAUUCGUGGACAUGAUUUUCAACUCAUACCAUUUGGUUUUGGUCGAAGAAGUUGUCCUGGAAUUCAAAUGGGUCUUACUUCUGUGAAACUUGUUGUGGCUCAGCUAAUGCAUUGCUUCAAUUGGGAGCUUCCGGAUGCUAUGUCCAAAGACGAGUUAGAUAUGUCUGAAAAAUUUGAGCUCAGCAUGCCGAGAUGUCAACCCUUGCUAGCUAUGCCAACCUAUCGUCUGGUCGCUUAGUCGGAUUUAGAUUCCCUGCAAAUCAAGGUUUGGUGUGAGUGUCUUGUAUGCCGAAGUUCAUUUUUAAGUGAGAUGUAACAUUUUUUGGUGUUACAUUAGAAUAAAGGAAACAUGUAAGAUUUUGUGGAGCUUGUUUGUAGCAUUUGAAUCGAACAAUAUUGUUUCCUUUCAAUAUAUA